AGGCCAAGAUACUAGGGGGGGAGGGAGCAGAGUGUUGCUUUCACUAGGGGGCGUGGUUUUGGCGUUGAUUGUGUUAGGGAGUGGCUGGAGUUUUAAGGGGGUGGAGCCAGGAUUUGGGGCGGAGACGCCCUGGGCAAGCCAGGAGAGUUUCUUACUUUUUGAAGUGGGUCCUGAUCCUUAUCCAGAAGCUAGGGCCGGGUGCAGAGGCUGUCUGACACUUGAUAGAGACGGGGCCAAAAUGUCAGGGGUUUUGCAGGUGGGGUUAGAGUGCUAGGGGGGAGAAUGGUCAGGGUGGAGCCAGAAAGUUUUCCUUCUACAUAAACGCAUCGGAAGCUGGAGGAGGAGGCGAGACUCAGAGGCGUAGCCAGAAUGCUUCCUGGCACAUUGGGGGCGUGACCAUAGGAGCCCCCAGUGCUACAUUUAUUUUCUGUGAGGAGAUCACAGCCCAUGAGAUGGCUACCACACUAGAUUUGAAAUCAAAGGAGGAGAAGGAUGCUGAGUUGGACAAGAGGAUCGAGGCUCUGCGUCGGAAGAAUGAGGCCCUCAUCCGGCGCUACCAGGAGAUCGAGGAGGACCGGAAAAAAGCUGAAUUGGAGGGUGUGGCAGUGACAGCCCCUCGGAAGAGCCGUUCCAUGGAGAAGGAGAACAUGGCAGUGGAGGAGAAGAGCCUGGGUCCCUCUCGGAGGACUCCUGGGACCCCCCGGACCCCAGGGACCAGCAGAGGGGGCCGGACCCACCCCCAGCAGGGAAGCCGGGCAGGAGUAGGCCGGGCAUCCCGAGGCUGGGAGGAUGGUGCCGGGGAGCAGCUUCGAGGAGGAACUGGGGGCCGGGGCCGGAGAGGCCGGGGCCGGGGAUCCCCUCAUCUCUUAGGGGCAGGAGACAACUCAGCCUCUGAUCGCAAGUCCAAGGAAUGGGAGGAGCGGCGCAGGCAGAACAUCGAGAAGAUGAAUGAGGAGAUGGAGAAGAUAGCAGAGUACGAGCGCAACCAGCGGGAAGGGGUACUGGAGCCCAACCCAGUACGCAACUUCCUGGAUGAUCCCCGCCGUCGGGGUGGACCCCUGGAGGAGCCUGAGAGGGACCGCCGCGAGGGCAGCCGCCGGCAUGGCCGAAACUGGGGAGGUUCUGACUUCGAGCGGGUGCGCUCUGGCCUGGAGCACGAGAGACAGGGUCGCAGGGCCGGCCUGGGCAGUGGGGGCGACAUGACAAUGUCCAUGACGGGCCGAGAGAGGUCGGAGUACCUGCGCUGGAAGCAGGAGAGGGAGAAGAUUGACCAAGAGCGCCUGCAGCGACACCGCAAGCCCACUGGGCAGUGGCGGCGGGAGUGGGAUGCCGAGAAGACCGAUGGCAUGUUCAAGGAUGGGCCAGCUCCUACCCAUGAACCGUCCCACCGCUAUGAUGACCAAGCUUGGGCAAGACCCCCUAAGCCCCCCACUUUUGGAGAGUUCCUUUCUCAGCACAAAGCAGAAGUCAAGAGCCGCAGGAGGAGAAAGAACAGUCGACCCCCGGCCAAGGUGGCCCCUCGUGCCUAUAGUGACCAUGAUAAUCGCUGGGAGACAAAAGAGGAAGCUGUGUCCUCAGCCCCUGAGUCCUCUCAGUCCAUGUCCCUGGCGGAGACACCCACACAGCAGCCUCCAGAGAUCCCAGUGCCAGCCCACCGGCCUCCUGAGGAGGAUGGUGAGGAAGACGAGGGGGAGGAGGAGGAGGGAGAAGAGGAGAGGGAAGACGAUGAGGAGGAUGAAGAAUGGGAGGACGUGAGUGAAGACAUCACUGAGGAGGAGGAGGAAGAAGAGGAAGAGGAGUUUGAGGAGGAGGAGGAGGAGGGUCCUAAGGAGCAGGAAGCCCCAGCUGUUCUUGGAGAGCCUGGAGAGGCCGAGCCUGCUGGGAAGCCCACCUGUGAGCAGGCAGACCCUGCGCCCGCCAGGCCCCCGGAGUCGCUGUCCCCGGUUCCUGCUGAACCUCCCAGCCCCUUCUCACCCUCUGGGGACCACCAGCCUGUGUCUGACUGGGGAGGUGACCAGCCAGCCCUUGCCUCCUUGGAGAGUGGGCCAACUUUGGCAGGAGCCCCGAAGUCUGAAGAAGAGGGGCCUGAGGCAUCUCCAGGUGGGGUGCAUGAGGCUGGUGGAGAGGUGGGCCCCGAGGGCCAGGAGACAGCGGAGAUCACAGACUUCCAGAGGGUGCGUUUCUGCAAGGUGGUGGCGGCCGCUCCGCCGCCGGGGGCUGCCCGCUGACAGCGCCAGCAGACGGGGCCUUAGCGCUCUUGCACUAACCUCCAGCCGCCUCGCUCCUCUGCUUCUGCUACACUCCGGCCAGGACGGGGUUAAACGUAGGGGGGAGGAGCCAGGCAACCGGGCCGGGCCGGGGUUCUUCUAAGUUCGCUGAGGACCGGUUUUGGCAAUCUGAAAGGGGCUGUACCAUACCUCGCUGGUGGAGACCUCCGAGUCAGCCUCUGUGAGGCCCGGCUGUGCAGGAUCCUGCAGCUAGGGCCUGGGACUCUCUGGAGGACAUGAAUUAAAUGCGUGCUCCCGCCAA